AUGUGCAUGACCAGCUGCCUACACCCAUCAGCGCAGCAAGGGCUGGGGAGUGAGCUGGGUGGCCUGGUGCACUGGGUUCCUCCUCUGCCCCCCAACAUGGCUGUGCCUGUGGCCUGGCCCCUCCACCUGCCAGUGGGCUGGUUUGCGGUUGUGGUGGGGGGCCCUGUGUGGGUUUCUGGGCUCUGGCGGCGACACGGCGGCGGGACGGGCGCCUUCGCAGCCGCGCAGGAAGCGGCCUCCACCGGAUGGGGGGCCCGGGGCGCAGCCACCGCCCCCGCCGAGCGACCUUCCGGCGGGCUGGCCCGAACGGAGCCGAACGAGGCUGAGUCCCGGACGGGCGGGGCCGAGCGUAGCCGAGCGAAGCCGAGUCGCGGCCGGGCAGGCCCGAGAUCAGCCGAGCGGAUCCGAGUCCCCGGCCGGAGGGCGGACGACGCUCGGGGCGGGGCGGCGGCGCGGGGCGGGGCGGGACGCGGGGCGGGGCGGCGGCGUGAGCUCAGCGCCCGGCGCUCAGUCCGAGCUGGAGCGAGCCGCCGGGAGGAUGUGCGCCGAGCCCCGCGCCGCCGCCGCCGCCGCGGUCUGAGGCCGCCCCACAGGCGCUCCGCCGCCCCGGAAGCCGCGCGCGCGGGCGGGCGGGCGGGUGGGCAGGCCGCGGAGCCGGGCGCGGGCGGCGGGGUGGGCGCGGGCCGGGCCGGGAGGCCGGCGGUGGGCGCAACGCGGCCGGCCAGCGCCGCCGGGACGAGCCGGGCGGGCGCCGCGCGGUGGGAGGAGCGGGGCGGCGGCGGCGCGCCGCGCGAGGACGGCCCGGCGGGCCCCGCGCCCGCGCCCCCGCUCCUCCCGGGCCCCUCGGCCUCGGCCGCCGCGGCGAUUCGCGCCUCGCGGCGCCGGCACCUGCCCGCGCGCCCCCCGCGAGCCCCGGGCCCGCGAGCGUUGGCGUUGGCGUUGGCGGCGCGCGCUGGGGCAUGCCCCGCGCCUAGGGCCCGGGGGGCGCGCGGGGGGCGCGCGGGGGGCCCGGGCGGCGGCGGGCGCGGCGCGGGGCGCGUGGAUGUGGCGCCGGGCCCGGGCGGCGGCGGCGGGCUCCAGCGGCGGGACCCCUUCGCCCCGCCCGCCUUCCCCUUCGCGCCCCCGGGCGAGGCCGAGGCCGCGGCCGUGAUCGGCCGGGAGCCGGCGGCGGGGGGCGGCCGGGGCCGGGGCCGGGGGCGCCGCCGGGGCGCGCGGGGCGGCGGCGGGGGCCGCGGGGGCCCGGGCACGCGGGAGCGGGAGCGGCCUGGGGAGCCGGAGCGCACCAUGGAGGCGGCGGCCGGCGGCCGCGGCGGCUUCCAACCGCACCCGGGGCUGCAGAAGACGCUGGAGCAGUUCCACCUCAGCUCCAUGAGCUCGUUGGGCGGCCCGGCUGCCUUCUCGGCGCGCUGGGCGCAGGAGGCCUACAAGAAGGAGAGCGCCAAGGAGGCGGGCGCGGCCGCGGCGCCGGCGCCGGUGCCCGCGGCCGCCGAACCCCCGCCGGUGCUGCACCUGCCCGCCAUCCAGCCGCCGCCGCCCGUGCUACCCGGGCCCUUCUUCAUGCCGUCCGACCGCUCCACGGAGCGCUGCGAGACCGUGCUGGAGGGCGAGACCAUCUCGUGUUUCGUGGUGGGCGGCGAGAAGCGGCUGUGUCUGCCGCAGAUCCUCAACUCCGUGCUGCGCGACUUCUCUCUGCAGCAGAUCAACUCGGUGUGCGACGAGCUUCACAUCUACUGCUCGCGCUGCACGGCCGACCAGCUGGAGAUCCUCAAAGUCAUGGGCAUCCUGCCCUUCUCGGCGCCCUCGUGCGGGCUCAUCACCAAGACGGACGCCGAGCGCCUGUGCAACGCGCUGCUGUACGGCGGCGCCUACCCGCCGCCCUGCAAGAAGGAGCUGGCGGCCAGCCUGGCGCUGGGCCUGGAGCUGAGCGAGCGCAGUGUGCGUGUGUACCACGAGUGCUUCGGCAAGUGCAAGGGGUUGCUGGUGCCCGAGCUCUACAGCAGCCCGAGCGCCGCCUGCAUCCAGUGCCUCGACUGCCGCCUCAUGUACCCGCCGCACAAGUUCGUGGUGCAUUCGCACAAGGCCCUGGAAAACCGGACCUGCCACUGGGGCUUCGACUCGGCCAAUUGGCGGGCCUACAUCCUGCUCAGCCAGGACUACACGGGCAAGGAGGAGCAGGCGCGGCUCGGCCGCUGUCUGGACGACGUCAAGGAGAAGUUCGACUAUGGCAACAAGUACAAGCGGCGGGUGCCCAGGGUCUCUGAUCCCCCGGCCUCUGUAAGAAAAGCAGAUGACGCCCCCUCCCAGCACCCCACGUCCUCCGAGAAGGACAAGCAGCCCGGCUGGCUGCGGACCCUGGCCGGCUCCUCCAGCAAGAGCCUGGGCUGUGUCCACCCUCGCCAGCGCCUAUCCGCCUUCCGACCCUGGUCCCCUGCGGUUUCUGCGAGUGACAAAGAGCUCUCCCCGCACCUCCCGGCCCUGAUUCGAGACAGCUUCUACUCCUAUAAGAGCUUUGAGACGGGCGUGGCCCCCAACGUGGCCCUGGCCCCGCCAGCCCAGCACAAGGCAGUGAGCAGCCCGCCCUGCGCCACAGUCGUCUCCCGGGCCCCCGAGCCCCUCCCCGCCUGCAUCCAGCCCCGGAAGCGGAAGCUGCCUGCGGACACCCCUGGAGCCCCGGAGACGCCAGCACCUGGGCCCGCCCCCGAGGAGGACAAGGACUCGGAGGCCGAGGUGGAGGUGGAGAGCCGAGAGGAGUUCACCUCCUCCCUGUCCUCGCUGUCCUCUCCAUCCUUUACCUCAUCCAGCUCUGCCAAGGACCUGAGCUCCCCGGGCCUGCUCGCCCCGCCCGUGGCCCCCUCUGCCCCUGAUGCCGCGGCCCCUGCCGAUGCCCCGAGCAGCGGGCUGGAGGCGGAGCUUGAGCACCUGCGGCAGGCCCUGGAGGGCGGCCUGGACACCAAGGAAGCCAAAGAGAAGUUCCUGCACGAGGUGGUGAAGAUGCGUGUGAAGCAGGAGGAGAAGCUGAGCGCCGCCCUGCAGGCCAAGCGCAGUCUGCACCAGGAGCUGGAGUUCCUGCGCGUGGCCAAGAAGGAGAAGCUGCGGGAGGCCACAGAGGCCAAGCGCAGCCUGCGGAAGGAGAUCGAGCGGCUCCGCGCGGAGAACGAGAAGAAGAUGAAGGAGGCCAACGAGGCGCGGCUGCGCCUGAAGCGGGAGCUGGAGCAGGCACGGCAAGCCCGCGUGUGUGACAAGGGCUGCGAGGCUGGCCGCCUGCGGGCCAAGUACUCGGCCCAGAUCGAGGACCUGCAGGUGAAGCUGCAGCAUGCAGAGGCUGAUCGUGAGCAGCUGCGGGCUGACCUGCUGCGAGAGCGGGAGGCCCGGGAGCACCUGGAGAAGGUGGUGAAGGGGCUGCAGGAGCAGCUGUGGCCGCGGCCCUGCUCCGAGGCUGCAGGUGGCGAGAGCACGGCUGAGCUGGAGCCCUAGUGGAACCCACUGUCUGCUACGUGGGGCGGAUGCCGCAGGGCGGGCGGGCGGCGGGGUUGGGGCUCCGUGCCAGCGGGGCGCCCCCCUCCAGUCCUUAUAGCACAACGUCUUACUGUGCCUAGAACCAAGCAAGUGUUUGGAACCACAUACUUUUGGAAUCCACUGCAAAAUUUUCUACUGGCCAAGUUCAAACGUGCAAGCCGGUUCCCAACUGCCCCGGAGACGAGGCCAGCUCGGUGGCUGUGGCUGGCCCUCCGCUUGCCGGAACGUUCUAACAUUUACACUUUUGUUAUAAGCUAUUUAAAACCAAUAAGGAGACUUGAUAUUCAGAAAAAUCAACACGUUUUUUAAUGACUAACUUUUAAAAGCCCCACCCUCACGUGAUGCCCCCCGAGGACCCACAUGGGAGCCGGGGUGGCCCCCGUCCUGCCCCUCGAAGCCAUCGCAGCUCGUCUGCACCCGCGGCCGCGUGACCACACGAAGGGUUUUUCUCCAGAGUCUAUUUUUUCAGCGACAAGGACCCGUCUCCCGCACUGUCAGGGGAGGACCUGGGGAGUGCCGCGCACGCGAGCUGGAACACUGCCGCCUUACCCGCCUACCGCCCCCCGCCGCCCGCAGGGGCGUCCGCAGGGGCGUCCUCAGGGGUGCUCGGGCAGGCGGUGGGGGCGGGUCCGCACUGGCCGGGCAUGUGCCCUCCUCCACGCGCCCCUCCGUCCGGCUGGCAGCCCGCAGGGGCGUCUGCAGGGGUGCUUGGGGGAGCGGCGGAGGCGGGUCUGCGCUGGCCAGGCACGCGCCCUCCUCGUGCCCCUCCAUCUGGCCCGGCGGCGCGCCUUCUGUUUGGGCCGAGGCUGCAGCAUUGCAACAAACACAGCAUUAUUUCAGUUUUUCUUUUUCCUUUUGUUCGUUCGUUCAUUUAAACGUAUACUUAGAACUGCACUUUGUCAAAAACCUUCCCCUUCUCUUUUUAUUCCCCAGUUAACUGAGGUUUUUACUUUCAGAUACUGCAAACCGAUUUCUAGAGCAUCCACAUCCUAAGUGCUCGAGUGUCUAGAAACCCCUCUGGUGCUUGGUUGAACAAGGGAAUCACACGAAAAUGAAAACGCAAAAACUGAACUUCGGGGGGUGGUUCUGUGCCUUCCAGCGUCUUGUACAGCAAACCCUGACUCGUCUUCUUCCCCCAGAAUACGUCUCCAGUAGCUGUUGGAUCUGCCAUGAUCACAAUGAGUUACCUGCAUUUAUUCCAAAUAAUCGCGUUUACUCUCAACUGUAUGCGAAUUGUAUAAGGUUUUUUAUGCCCAAGCUUGAAAAAUGAUUUCCUAGUAGACCAGGUGGCUCCCUGACCUAAAUCAUGGUAUUUAUUUACGUGGAGAGACCUGACCAGAACUCUCUGCUCAUGUCCGUCCCAGCACCACGCAGCUGUGGCCAUGGGAGGUGGUGCCAUGGCCGCCGAGUAGAGCAGAGUUCGGGUGACCACGUCGGUGGUGGGGUUCUGCCCUUGGUUUGCUGGGUGGGGGCUGGGUGCUGCCAGCCCCCCUUCUAAAGUGCAAUGCAAAAGGGACACCGUGUAUAUGCAGCGUGCGUUUGGUUGUUUUUCUUUUUUCUUUUUUUAAAAUUUUUUUGCUUCUGUUUUUCUUUGCAGUUAUUAAAUCUGUAUGCAUGGACUUUUAAACCUCUGCCAUACAUAUAUCCACCGAUGGGCAUUAUUACCGUGUCGUGUAGAGGGUCGGUUGUGUCACGCAACACUCAGAAUGCUGUGUUUACCCUUGUUUUUCCAGAGUUGUGUUUUCCAGUCAUUUCUUCAAGGGAAACUAAAUGAUUUAGUUGGAGCAAA